AUGGCUCCCAUGGCUAGACCACAGGCCAUCUUCCACAAGCCUUCGGGAUCUACCGUAUCAUCACCCGACAAUGACGACCUUGCUCGUGUGAUCGUCGGCCGCGGAGAGAGGACGAAGGAGUUUCGGGUCGACAAGCAGAAACUCAGCAACGCCGCCCCCUUCUUCGAGAACAAGCUGGACGCCAAACCGGCCGGCCUCGUCAAGGUAUCGUCCAACCAGUCGCCGGUGCCCGUAUGGCUGCCGCAGCAAAAGUCGACCAUCCACCUCCCGGACGAGUCGGCCUCCAUGUUCGAGCUCUUCGUCGUCUGGCUCCACCAACCCGACGGGUUCCGACGACACCUCGACGACAAGAUCACCCUCGUCAGCGACGCCCCGGGUGUUCCCUCCCAGCGUUUGCACUGGGCGCUAGUCCGCCUCCAUAUCUUCGCCGCCGAACUCGGCAUGCACCACCUGCAGGACUUGGCCAUGGACGGGCUGCAGGACAUUUACCUGCGCUGCGACUGGGACGUCACGCCGCGGUUCGUUCAGUUCGUGUACGAGCAGUGCGACGCCGAGACGUCGAUUCGGCUCCGGCGGUGGACGGUGGCCAUGGUCGCCUGGUCCAUCGCUGGGGGCCCCUCGUCGAUGAGGGAGGAGGGCGGGCUCGAGCGGUUCCGAGAGAUGUUUGAGAGGUUCCCCGACUUCGCCGCCGAGUACACGUCGCACCUGCGCAAGAUGAAGUCGAGCAAGCUCGACACGCGCAUCAAGAACCCGCAGCUGCGGAUCCCGGCCAACAAGCUCCGCAACGAGGAGAGGCAGUUUGGUUUCAGGCAAUGCUCGUUCCAUAGCCACCGCGCGGCCGUCGGCGAGCGGAGGUGCCCCCACACCACGGCCAGCAGGGAGCUGGAUAACUUCCUCCUGGUGCCGCUGGUCAUGGAGCUCGCACCGACGCCGAGCCGCCACCACCACGGCCGCGACGCGCCGCAGCUGCUACACCACAUGAGCACGGCUCACGCAGGGCAGGUAUUCUGA